AUGGAGUGGAGCUACCUGUUGGCCGUCACCCCGCUGCUCGCCGCCCUGGCCCUGCUGCAGCGCGCCGGCUGUGCCGCCGCCUCAGCCGCUGCCGCCUCGUCGUCGUCCUCUUCGUCGUCGUCGUCGGCUAAGGAGCUGUCGUGCCAGGAGAUCACCGUGCCGCUCUGCAAGGGCAUCGGCUAUAACUACACCUACAUGCCCAACCAGUUCAACCACGACACGCAGGACGAGGCCGGGCUGGAGGUGCACCAGUUCUGGCCGCUGGUGGAGAUCCAGUGCUCCAGCGACCUGCGCUUCUUCCUCUGCAGCAUGUACACCCCCAUCUGCCUGGAGGACUACAAGAAGCCGCUGCCGCCCUGCCGCAGCGUCUGCGAACGGGCCAAGGCGGGCUGCGCGCCGCUCAUGCGCCAGUACGGCUUCGCCUGGCCGGACAGGAUGCGCUGCGACCGGUUGCCGGAGCAGGGCAGCCCCGACACGCUCUGCAUGGACUACAACCGCACCGACCUCACCACGGCCGCGCCGCCGCCCGCCAAGGCGGCGGGCGGCGCGGCCGAGCUGCAGCCCGAGCUGGCGGUGGCCGAGCACGUGCGCUACGAGAGCACGGGGCCGGCGCUGUGCACCGUGGUCUUCCUACUCGUCUACUUCUUCGGCAUGGCCAGCUCCAUCUGGUGGGUCAUCCUCUCCCUCACCUGGUUCCUGGCCGCCGGCAUGAAGUGGGGUAACGAGGCCAUCGCCGGCUACGCGCAGUACUUCCACCUGGCCGCCUGGCUGCUCCCCAGCGUCAAGUCCAUCGCCGUACUGGCGCUCAGCUCCGUGGACGGCGACCCGGUGGCCGGCAUCUGCUACGUGGGCAACCAGAGCCUGGAGAACCUGCGGGGCUUCGUGCUGGCGCCGCUGCUCAUCUACCUGGCCAUCGGCUCCAUGUUUCUGCUCGCCGGCUUCGUCUCGCUCUUUCGCAUCCGCAGCGUCAUCAAGCAGCAGGGCGGCCCCACCAAGACUCACAAGCUGGAGAAGCUGAUGAUACGCCUGGGCCUCUUCACCGUGCUUUACACUGUGCCGGCCGCCAGCGUGGUCGCCUGCCUCUUUUACGAGCAGCACAACCGACCCCGCUGGGAGGCCACGCACAACUGCCCCUGCCUGCGCGACCAGCAGCCCGACCAGGCCCGCCGACCCGACUACGCCGUCUUCAUGCUCAAGUACUUCAUGUGCCUGGUGGUGGGCAUCACCUCCGGCGUCUGGGUCUGGUCUGGCAAGACCCUCGAGUCCUGGAGGGCCCUGUGCACCCGCUGCUGCUGGGCCAGCAAAGGUGCUGCCGUGGCUGGGGUUGCUGGAGCUGGAGCAGGCGGGCAGGCUGCCAUCGCUGCUGCUGGAGGACUUGGGGCCGGUGGAGGCGGCUCCCUGUACAGCGAUGUCAGCACCGGCCUGACGUGGAGGUCUGGCACUGCCAGCUCCGUCUCCUACCCCAAGCAGAUGCCUCUGUCUCAAGUGUGAGGAGCGGGAAAAGAGGCCAUAGGUUAGGGAGUGAGGGACACUGGCCUGCCUGAAAUGCCCCCUCACUGUUUGGUGCCAUUAAUGAACCACUAAUGGUCCUUAUUAGCCACAGCUUGUAUAGAACAAUGCAGCUGGCAGAGGCCCCAGGCUCCAGCCCCCUUCUCCUUCCCUUCCAUUCAUAUGCAGGGAGCAUGUACUUCAAGGAGCCAGCAUAUUAUUUUGCUGGCAGAGGAGGGCAGGGGCUCACCCGUGUCUUGCAGAGGGCAAGGCAGAGCGGCUCCUGAUUUACUCUGGACUAUCAGCAGCUCGUGGGAGGGAGAGAAUUCCUCCCCCAUCCCAAAGAGGAAGUUUGCUGGAACUACAGGUUUUUGGGAUAUCGAUGACCAGGCAAAUGCCUUAUAACACAGACUGAAUCAAAACAUGUCUUAAUUAUACACCCCAGCUAAAUACGGGUUUCCUACACUAAAGGAUGUAUUUAUAUAAUUAUUUGUUACCUUGUACAGAUGUGUAAAAUAUGUAUAUAUCCAAAGCUAUACAGUCUGUAAAUUUUUUGUAAAAAAGUUUAGAGACUACCCCUGUAAGAGCAAAUAUGAGUAUUCUAUUUUGUCAAUAAAAUGACUUUUGAUAAAUGA